CUUACCUCGGAGCUACUCUCUCACACAUUCACCGGCUGCUCAAAUUCAGCCUCUCGCAAAACUCCAUGACAACUCGCUGCCCCUGACACUCGCCAAACAGCCAACAAGAUUCAAUGGGCGACCCAACGGAGAAGCUGGACACAAAUCCUUCCGUGCAACAGAAUCAUGUGGGAGACAAGUACGAAGUGCCCACGUAUGAGGCGCACUCUUCCUUUGACAGCCUGAAGCAACGCAUACGGCAACACUAUGAAAUAGCUUCAGACUAUUACUACUCCCUGUGGGGUCAGCACAUCCACCACGCCUAUUUCCUCACCCCUGAAGACACCAAGGAGACCGGUCAAACCAACCUCAUCAACCUCCUGCUCGACAUCUCCAAACUUGCACCCAACACCACUGUUCUGGAUGUUGGCUGUGGCAUUGGCGGCACUACCCGUCAUUUGGCCCGCGAACAUGGCUGUACCGUGACCGGCAUCACGAUCAGCGGACGACAAGUCCAGAUCGCAAAGCGUUUGACGAGCGAUGAGGCCGCCAGAGAGUCCAGAAAUGCCCCUCCGAACUCGACAGUAGCUCCAUCCCAAAGGUUUGAGGGCACGGACAACUUCAUCUCCCUCGGCCCCAAGAACGGCAAAGUCCACUACUUCGAACUCGACGCGGAAAAAAUGGAAAGCAGAUUUCCCCCAGAGUCGUUUGACGGGGUCUGGAUCUCCGAAGCUCUCUCCCACUUCCCAGACAAACCCUUGUUCUUCCGCAACGCGGCCCGCGUCCUUCGCCCGAACGGCAAGCUCGUGCUGGCAGACUGGUUCAAAUCCGCGCCCCUAACCCCCGAGCAAAUGGAAAACGACAUCAAGCCCAUCGAGGACGGCAUGCUCCUCCCGCCCCUGAAAACCAUGGCCGAGUACGUGGCCAUGGCCGAAUCCGCGGGUCUCCGCGUCUUUCACGAGCCAAAGGAUAUUUCCCAACAAGUGGCCCGAACGUGGGACAUCAGCUGGGAACUGGUUAGCAAUCCCAGCCUGUGGGCAUUUGCCAUCUCCCAGGGCAGGGAUGGUCUUGCCUUUCUGCAGGCCUUCCGGGCCAUGAGGCGUGGGUACAGCAAUGGCACGUUUCGGUACGGGGUGAUGUGUUUUGAGAAGGCUUGAUUUUCUGGAUGCAUAUACGCCAACAAUUAUAUACGUACAGGCUACGGGGGUUGGGGUGCCAUAAUGUUGGAAGUCUGUAUAUAUGAGACGGAGGGCGCAAUCUCAAGCAAUACUAUGGGGAUAAUCACAUUUAGAAGAAAGAUGUCAGAAGAUAGAAUAAUGCUCAGAGAGAGCGAAGAAAUCUAGGAGAUAUGCCAGAGGACAGACCUAACAGGAUCCAAAUAUUGUCCCGUAUGAGGAGCACGGCUUUAGGGCUCUUUAUGUUUUGGUCAUCGCCUUUCGCUAC